AUGGAGCACUACACACCUCGAGACCACCCCACAUCAAACGUGCUGGCGUGGACCACCACAAACUCCGCCAACGUAGAACCGUCGGUAGAGGAAGAGACCGGGGCAGAAACCGAUGAACCACCGGAACGGGUGGCGCCCAUAUCGCUUACCUCUCCUUUUUUCCAACGAACACCAAUCCGGCGCAGCAGCGAGCAACACGAGUCGCUCUUGACUAAGGCCUUGCAGAGCCAGUCAGAUGAUGACGACUCGGAAGUCCAUCCCCCCUCUCAUAGGCGGCGGUCCGUCACAAGCAAUACCAGCUUUGCCUCCACCGCCGAUUUCACCUGUGCCACGGGUAUCACCACCCCAGCCCGCACAAGCUCACCGAGCCCUCGUCUCCCCAAUGUUGGCUUCGCCCCCAUAACCGUCGUGGCGGCAAGGGACGCGUUGCAAAACAAGGGAUCUGAUGUGUCUGCGCUGGCGAAAAAGCGGUGCAUCUCGUUUGCUUGCGCGGCCAAGCCGAAACUCGAUGAGAAGAUGGCGAUGCUCCCCCCACCUAGGCCCGUCCGAGCCGAGGCGAACGCGGAAGGGGCGGCGAAGAAGAGAUCCAUCAAGUUUGCUUGCCCGCCGCAGCCGCAAAAGGCCAGGGAUGCGCAGCAGCUCGACAUGCGGCCGCGGACCCCCGUACCGCGAGGGAUCCCCAACACACCCAAGGACUCGCCAACUCUCGACAAAAAACGUUCUUCAUCCACGGUCCGCGCUGUUCGCUCUCCGACUUCCCGCAGGACACCGGGUAGCCCCGUCGCCUUUCGGAAGAAGGGGUGGAUCUCGGCGGGUGCCGGGGAAAUGGAAAGCGACUGCGUACGAUUUCACGAGUUUGCCAGCGGCGAGCCGCAGGAGGAUGAUUGGAUGCGGCGCGACCCCACUUCCCUGAAGCCUAAACUUACCAUUGACGACACGCUCGUGAAGGAGAAUGCCAUUCGGAAGUUGGGGAAGGAAGCAGAAGAGGAGGCGGAGUUGGAAGAAGAUGAGAUUGACGACGAGGAGGAUGAGGAAGUCGAUGAUGCAGACCUCAUCGAUGAUGAGGAUGAGGAUGACGAGGAUGGAUCUCGGGAUGAGGACGAUGAUGAGGAUGACGACCAAGACGAGGAUGAUGAGGAUGACGAGGACGAGGAAGGUCAAGACGAUGCUGAUACCGAACUCGCCUGGGCAUCCGAGGCUUCUGACGGGUACAAGACAGACAAUGAGACUGGGUUCGCCGAGUCCGAUGAUGAGGAUGACGACCUAGUGCUGUGGACCACCCGCAUUGGCCACUACGCGUCGCUAUCUGGUGCUCUUUCGGCAACCCGCCGGCUAUCGCAGGGCGAGAAAUCUGAUUCGUCCACGUCGUCCGGCCAAAAGUCGAGCCAGUCCCGCAGAAAGAAGCGCUCGAAGACACGGCCCGUUGCUUUCCGGUCGGUGACUCCGGAACUGCCUGACAGCACUGAUUUCGUCUGCGGCACCUUGGAUGAGGACAGACCAUUGGAGGAAGCGUACAUUUCGUGUGUCGAGGCACGCCGGCGAGGCCGGCAACAGGUGAUCCCUCAGGACAUCGAUCCCAGCUUUCCGACCUCGGAGCCCGAGGACGAGGGCGACGAGUUGCACAGGAAGGGAUACGGCGAGAGCGAGGACCAUCUUUGGUUGCAUGGCGAGCUGGAGGAUCUUGACCACGAACGCGACCGCAGGGGUCGCAAGAAGAAAGGGAGUGUGCCGUCUCCCAAGAGAUUCCGUUCGCCCCCGCCGAAGCGGCGGCCGUCGCCGGCGCCCAAGGCUCGCGGUCGAUCUCCUCGGAAGCUUUCUGACCAGCGGCCUCCCCGGCUACGAUCCCCUCCUCCGCUCGCGGCAUCCAAGACACCCGUCAUCUCCCCGCUACACGAGAACGAAGCUGUUGCUUUCAAGUCCUUGGCAUUCCAGCCUGGCGUGACGCACACCAAGUCGCUCCCCAGGCGGGCAUCGGGCUUGUUCCCUCAUCUCAAGGCCCGCAAGUCGAAGAGCGGUACGGCUCCGAAAGAUACGCAUGUCCGCGGCGCGAUCGACAUCGUUAAAGGCCUUGAGCAGAAGCGGUUGCGGCGGAAGGAGAAGUUUUGCCAAAAGUAUUACAACCGGGCACGGAAGGAAAAGGCGCAGACCAAGCGGCCGCCUCCUGGACAGGGCGCGUCGCGCAUGAGGGAACUGGGCCUGAUCAUGGCGGGUAAAAUUGGGCAAGGUAAUUAUGUACUUUCCAUCUGA